AUGGUUUCAGAUAGAGGGACAACAUUCAUGGGAAAGUUCCUCAGGGCCCUCUACCAAAGAUUGGGAAUUAUACCAUCAUUUUCCUUGGCCUAUCACCCUGAAUCAGAUGGACAAAAGGGAAGGGUCAACCAGUUCAUAGAAUUCUACCUCAGGUCCUAUGUUGCAGCCAAUCACUCAGACUGGGCUAAAUGGUUACCCCUGGCAGAAUACACCUGUAACAAUGCCAGACAUGUGGCCACAGGUAAAUCCCUGUUUGAACUGGUUUAUGGUAGAAGCCUGGUGAUGAACCCAUCAAACAUCCCAGCCAACAUGCCAGAUGCAGACCAAGUAGCCAACACAUUGUCCAAGGAAUGGAAGGAAGCAGAAUCAGCCCUGAGAAUGACCAAAGAAUGGAUGAUAGGCAACACAGGGAUAAUCCCAGAGUAUACAAUUGGCAAGAAAGUCUGGUUGGAUGGAAAAAACAUUGAAAUCCAGUCAAACUCCAACAAACUAGACCCAAAAUGCCUAGGGCCCUUUGAAGUCACAGGGAAAAUCUCAAGUCAUGCAGACCACUUAAAGUUGCCAGAAACCCUGAAGAUCCACAAUGUGUUCUACAUUGGGUUAUUGUCAAAAGUCCACAAGUCCCCCAGCCAACCCUUCCCAGAUUGUCCUCCCCCAGAAACAAUAGAGGGAGAAGAAGAAUUUGAGGUUGAACAGAUUAUUGACUCAAAAAGACAAAAAGGGAAGUGGUUCUACCUAAUCAAAUGGAAGGGUUACAGCCCCAAAAACAACUCAUGGGAACCCAAGGAACUACUGGAACAUAGCCAAGAAGAGAUCAAGUGCUUCAACCAAGCUAGACUCAGAAAGGCUUGUGAUGCCACCAAGAGCCUUUAA